ACAAAGAAGCUCACGCAACACAUUAUGUAAAGAAUGUGGCUUCAUUGUUGUUGGUUUGAUGCUAAAUUACUUGAUUCAUAAUUUUACUUUUGAAAAUCUAUAUUAUAUAAAUAAAAGCUUGUUAUAGACUCGAUUGGAAAACAAUUUUAAAACCGAAAUGCCGGAAUGGACUGGGCUAGGUGCCCAGCCCGGCCUGGCGCAGCCACAACCUGGUGAUGGGGUCUAUGGCCACUACUGAUAUAUGUGGGCGGCAUUUGUAGUGUGAGCUGUCAGUAAUAGUCCUUCCAAUUCGCUUAAUUUCCUCCAUUUUCCUUGCCCUCAAAAGAGCAUCUUCGCUCAAACAAACAAAAAAGUGAAAGAGAAAAAAAAAAAAGGAAAAAAAUAAAAGAAAAGAAAGGAAAGUAAAAGACAAAGGCAUGAGUAUGUCACUUGAAGCUAGCAGACAACAUUAAGGACUUGGAAGGAUUUGUACCCCACACUUUUCAACACUCUUUCUCUUUUACCACAUUAUCCCAAAGUCCAAGAAUCUGUUUUGUUUUAUUUUUCAUCUCUUCUUCUUCAUCUUCUUUGAUUCUCUAGCUCUGCUCUAAUCUUGGAUAUAAACCACCAUGGCUAAUGUCUCCUUGUGCAGUUGAAGAUGGGGCAGGCCUCCUCUUCUUCUUCUUCUUCUUCUUCUUGUUCAUGUUCUUUAUCUUGUAAUCAUCAUGAGAUCAGCAAGCAAAUAGAUGGCAGAAGUUCUAUUAUCAUUACCAAGAAACAUAAUGCCACCACCAGUUUUCAGGAUCUGACAUUGUCUCUUCCUGAUGAAUGCUUGGCUACUAUAUUCUGUAAACUAAGUUGCCAUGACAGGAACUCUUGUUCUUUAGUUUGUAAGAGAUGGAAGCUUAUUGAUUCCAACUCUAGACAUCGCCUUGUCUUGCUUUCUCCUUUUGAAAUGUCUUCUUCUUUGCCUUGUCUACUCUCUCGCUUUAGCUCUCUCACCAUUCUUUCCCUCAAAUGCUCCCGCAAGCUCCUCAGCAUUGAUGACCUGUCCUUCUCUCGCAUUCCUGUCUUUCUUCCUUCGUUAAUCAAGCUCAAACUUAAAGGCUGCAUUGACAUUUCUGAUGAUGGGUUGCUUGCUUUUUCUUUGAAUCAUCCCCUUCUGCUUUCCAAAAUCUCUUUUGCUUCUUGUGGUUUCGGUGCUAGAGGUCUCAACUCUCUUCUUACUAACUGCCCUUCUCUUCACCAUCUAACUCUCAAGCGUCUCCGGAAGCUUGAUGCUCAUAACACUCCAUUGUUUUUUGAUACUGAUGAUGAUAAUGAUGCAGCAGGAAACAACAGAAGAACUCACCUCAGGAUUGAAAGACUCUGCCUCAAAGACCUGCACAAUGCUCGCAUUUUUAUCCCACUUCUUUCUGCUUCCGCUCAGGCUCUGAAAACCCUUAUUGUUUGCAGGAGCUCAGGUAACUGGGACAAGGUUUUCCAGAGUCUACAAGGAAAAAUCAGUUCCAUUUCAGAGAUCCAGAUUGAGAAUGUCCAAAUGGGUGAUGCAGGACUAAUAGCUAUAUCUUCUACUUGCCCUCAACUUCAAGUUCUUCAGCUAAGCCGUACUACUGAUUGCACAGACGAUGGGCUCUCAGCAAUUGCCACUUCUUGCAGGAGUAGUCUCAGGAAGCUCCAUGUCGAUGCGUGGAGCAGAUUCGGGGGGCGCACUAUUGGGGACGACGGUGUGUUAACCGUAGCUGCCCAAUGUCUCAGACUGCAGGAGCUAGUGCUUAUGGGUGUUCCUAUAAGUGGGUCAUCUCUUACUGUCCUGGCUUCCAAUUGCCGGACAUUGGAAAGACUAGCCCUUUGUAAUACCGAGUCAGUUGGAGAUUCUGAAAUGGGAAUAAUAGCAGCUAAAUUUAAUGCUUUAAAGAAGCUGUGCAUAAAGAACUGUCCAAUCUCCCAGUCAGGAAUUGAAGCCAUAGGAGGUGGCUGUCCAAAUCUAGUGAAACUGAAGGUGAAAAGAUGCAGAGGGAUAAGUGAGGCAAGUGUUAGAAAACUAAGAAUGCAGAGGACAUCAGUAGUGGUUUCAGUAGAUACAGGAUCCAUGGUGUUCAGUGGACAAAGAAUGACUAUUACACAAGAAGAAGAAGAAGCAGAACAACAACAACAAAAUAGAUCAAUUAGAACACCAAACACUGCAGCAGCAACAACAGCAGCUGCACAUGUUGUUUGCAGCAGCAGAAGUGCUCUCUUCCUCAGGUCCAGGCUUGAAAAUGCUCUUCAGAUUUCUAGGAGGAGACCCAAUUAAUUUCCUACAUUUUGAUUGAUUUUUUUUUUUUUUCCUUUUCCCAGCUUCUCUCUAAUUCUUUGAUUCAAGUGUGUUUAUUUUUUUCCUGUAUCUUUCUGUUCAUGCUAAAGAGAACUUUGGGUUUUGGUUUUUAAUUAUUUUUUGGGGAUUGAUUGUUAUUAUGGGUGAGAUUUGAACAUGAUACAAAGAUGACUUUUGUAAUGAUUCAUAGCUUGCUUCAAAUGGAUAUCUAUUGUUCAUAUCAUCA